AGCCUUCCCAUCCCCCCGCCGGGGGUAGAGCCAAGCGAUCGGCCCCUUUGGGUGGGGAAGGAAGCUGCGGGGGGUCGGAUUGUGGCCGGCUACGGCAGGCGGAGGAAUGAUCCAGGCCGCGGACUGCUGACCGUGAUCGCUUGUGGUGGACCUCAUUAAUCCACUCAUGGUCUAUUUGUGUGAGUGACAAAACGUUCUACAAGCGGAUAUGAAGCGUGAGGUUCCUUCAGAUGCACCAAAGAGACCGGAAAAUCUGAAAGGGGUGUUGCUGAACCCUAAGUGUGCUGGGACAGCAAGGGCCUUCCCAGCAGACGUGGACAUGAUUGCAAGUAAAGUAGGUAAUGAAUUCUCUCACUGUUGCAGUGACUCUAACAAGCAGCAGAGGACCUUAAGUAACAGCGGCACAGAUCAAGAGAAGGGCCUCGUUCGAAAAAAGAGGAGAAGCCAGCAGGCUGGUCCUUCCUUUACCCAAAGCUGUGCUGGUAAAGAAAAUCAGAGACUGUUAGAGCUAAGACUAGAGCCCCAGAGUGACGAUGACAAUGAUUCUUCCUUUAGCGACUGUGUUUCUUCACCUUCGUCUAGCUCACAUUUUGGGGACUCCGAUACAAUGACUUCCGAUGAGGACAAGGACAACCCUAGACGUUUCUCCCCUGCAGGAGUAAAUCCUACAACUAGAACUCCCAGUGCGAGGGCUCAGAAAUGGCCUCGUCCCCCGUCAGACUCUGUGCCUAUGCUAAUGAAAAGGCCUUGUUAUCAGGUGAGCAGCUUGAGGAGGCCUGUCCAUCGAAAGACUUUUCUGAAAAAGGGUUCAACUCAGAGGACACAGAAACAAAAAGAGCGGAUAUUACUGCAAAGAAAGAAGAGAGAAGUGCUGGCAAGGCAGAAGUAUGCUCUGCUCCCCAGUUCCAGUAGCUCCAGUGAGAAUGAUCUCAGCAGUGAGUCAGCCUCCAGUUCUUCCACUGAUGGAGAAGAAGACCUAUUUGUUUCUCCCGGGGAAAACCACCAGAAUGGUACAACAAUUCCCUCAGGUAGCAUUGAUGAGGACGUUGUAGUCAUUGAGGCCUCAUCCACACCCCAAGUCCCUGGCAACAAUGAAGAAAUCAACGUUACCUCAACAGACAGUGAAGUGGAAAUCGUGACCGUCGGAGAAACGUACAGAUCUCGUGCCUCGCUUGGACACUCUCGAUCCCACUGGGGCCAAAGUUCAAGUUCACAAUCUGGAAGAUCCCAGGAGCACAGGAGUCGCAGUAGAGUUUCUACUGUUAUUCAGCCUCUGAGACAAAAUGCAACUGAAGUUGUGGACCUGACUGUAGAUGAAGAUGAUCUUACAGUUGUGCCAACUACCUCUGGCAGAACAGAGUCUCAGCCUGUAAGCACUGUUUCCAGUGAUUCGUCUACCUCAGAGCCGGCCUCUGAUGCUCUUUCGGGACCCUCAGUGGGUCAGACAUCAACCAAUCCUGAUGCUCCUGCUGUCCCAACAAGUAACAGUACAACAGGCGUGACAGCGGAUGACACCAGAAGGACUACUAGCACUACUGCCGAUGGUGGGCCGCCAGCAAUGCCACGAUUACCAACUUGUUGCCCGGAACAUUCAUCCUGUGGAGGAUCAUCUCAGAAUCCCCAUGUCCUAGGACAUCCUCAUACAAGUUGUUAUCCAACGCACAGUCACCACUUUCCACAUCACCAUCAUCACCACCAUCACAGUUCUCACCCCACCGUUCCCUUGUCUCCUUCCUUCACGGACACACACUGUCCUGUGGAAAGAAAUGCCCCUGUCCCACCGCCUUGUGGAGCAGCAAGCAGCUCUUCUUCUACCUACCAUGACCCGCAAGCCUUGCCUGUGGACCUGAGCAAUAAUGGUAUAAGAAGCCAUGGAAGUGUUAGCUUUCAUAGCACCUCUGCUUUUGACCCUUGCUGUCCUGGUUCAUCUUCACGGUCUUCAGUUUAUGGACAUCAGUCGGCUGCCAGUACAGCUCAAACUAUGGCUAUUGAUGGCUAUGGACCUAGCCUGGUAGCCCAGGCGCAACCACCUCCCCAGACAUCUCUUUCCUCCUGUCGGCAUUUUAUGCAUGCCCCAUAUGCAUCACUUACAAGACCGCUCCAUCAUCAACCAUCUGCUUGUCCUCAUUCACAUUCUAAUCCUCCACCGCAGCCGCCGCCACCACCACCCCCUCCGCCUCCUCAGAUGGACUAUGUGAUUGCUCACCCGGUGCCCCCUUUUCACCCAUCUCUCCCCAGCCUUUCCUCCACACAUCCUGUGCCUCCUCCACCACCAUCCUACCACUUUACAAGUGCUACUGCUCCGCUAUCUCAGCAUCUCUCCUCCUCCCAUCAGUCCAUGUCUCAUCAUAUUUCUGCAACAGCACCUGCAACGCAGAGGCUACGCCCCCAUGAGGUUAUUCAAAGAAUGGAAGUUCAAAGGCGGCGUCUGAUGCAGCAUCCAACGCGUGCUCACGAACGCCCACCGCCACAUCCACACAGAAUGCAUCCAAACUACGGCCAUGGACACCAUAUUCAUGUGCCACAAACAAUGUCCUCUCAUCCCAGGCAAGCUUCUGAACGGUCGGCCUGGGAGAUUGCAAUUGAAACUGGAGUGACUGCAGCACCCUACCAAACCAGUCCCUUACAUCCGCAUUUAUCUCCCUACCAUACACCUCCGCGGCUUCACCACUUACAGCUCGGGGCACUACCCUUAAUGGUUCCAGACAUGGCGGGCUACCCUCACAUCCGCUACAUUUCAUCUGGAUUGGAUGGAAGGUCAUUCAGAGUUCCUUUCAGGGGCAAUUUUGAGGAACUUAUCCAUCUGGAGGAAAGGCUUGGAAAUGUAAAUCGCGGCGCCUCACAGGGCACCAUAGAGAGAUGCACAUACCCACACAAAUAUAAGAAGGUAUCCACUGAUUGGUUCUCACAGAGGAAACUGCAUGGCAAACAAGAUGAAGAGGAAGCCACUGAGGAAGACACCGAAGAAAAAUGUACCAUUUGCCUUUCUAUAUUAGAGGAAGGUGAAGAUGUCAGGCGCCUCCCAUGUAUGCAUCUCUUCCAUCAGGUUUGCGUGGACCAGUGGCUGAUCACAAAUAAAAAGUGCCCCAUUUGUAGAGUGGACAUUGAAGCUCAGCUUUCUACUGACAGUUGACAUUUCUCAAAUCAAUAAAUAAUAAUGUCCCUUCACCCCCUUCGGUACUGCAGCCAACCAAAGAUGGCAUGACCUUAUGUUGAAAUCCAGAUUAAAUUUUCUUUUAAAAAUAAAAAAAAAGAUGGCAUGACUUAACUGCACAGAUGCGGAAGCAUUAAAUCUGGUGUCUGCUCUGCCUCGGUAUACAACUAAUGCUAUAGACUACCAUUUGUAUACAGAUCAUGUUUAGGUCCUUUGCUGCACACAAAGCAGGGAAGAGUAUGUGUAUUUAUACAGCUUUAUUAUUUUUAAUUUUUUUUUCCCGUUUUUUGUUUCUGCCAUUUCCAUUGUUUUGUUAUUUUACAGUUUGUUUUACUCUCUGUAUUUUGCAUGGUUUCUCGUAUUGCAUUUCUUUGCACAUUUAUGGGCUUUGUGAACCCUUAAACUUGCAGGCAAGAUCUAGCUGCUCUAGUUGGUAGAAAUGUGAGUGUGUGUGUGCGCGCGCGUGUUUCUACAUAGUCCCAGGCUAAAUGGAUUUCAUUCAUUACUAAACAGUGAAAUCCUUAAUUUAAUCAAUCGUUAAUUUUUAGUUUGUAUGUAUGAAAGGUUUAGUUGUCAAAAGGAAAUAAUGUAUAAAAACAUUCCUUAUUUUGGGCUGCUGUAUAAAAAAAUAAAAUAAGUGCUGAUUCAGAUAACCUUGUUUUUGACGCUGAGAUCACACUGCUUUGAGAAUAACAUAGAAUAAAUAUUUGCCACAUAUUUUGUUCGGUUUCCUCAAAGGUGUUAAAAAUCACUUUUUCAGCACAAUGCAAAUAUAUUUAAAUGUCGAUAUUAAGGAGUUUAGACUGCUGUUCACCUAUUUAUUUCUUUUCUGGACGUGAUUUUCUUUGCUUCUGUGAAAUCGCUCUAACAAAUUGUCCACUAGCAAGUAGUCAGGUACAUACUCUUACUAAUAUGGGUAAGAAGUCUCCAACGAUUCUAACAUUUAAAUGUAUAGUCUUAAUAGCAGCUGUUAUAUGGCAGGUGUCCAUGCAUCCAGAGAACUUUUUUCAAGGUCCCCAAACACUCUUGCAUAGAGAGUUUUUGGUUUAAUAAAGUUAGCUAAAUGAA